AUGUCUUACUCCUCAUUGGCAGUCAGAUACUUCACGGCCCCCAAACCACUCGGCGAAUCCAUGGACGCCGAUACAAGCAAAAAUUCCGGGUCCGACCCCCAAGGUCACACGGUCGUGAGACCAAAUGUCUCUACUGAACGGCCAUCCUCUGAGGUUGCUGAGCUUCACAAGCCUAAGAGCCAGGGCUUGACUUUUGCAAACCAGGAUUCACUGCCUAAACUUCCUAUUCCCGAUUUGGAGGAUACUUGUCGCAAGUACUUGGAUACUCUGCAGGCCUUGCAAAGCCCGCGUGACCAUGAAGAGACCAAGUCUGCUGUUCGCGACUUUUUAAAGAAUGAUGGUCCUCUUCUUCAAGAACGGCUUAAGACUUAUGCUGGUUCGAAGACGAGCUAUAUUGAACAAUUUUGGUAUGAUUCUUACCUGAAUUUCGACAAUCCUGUUGUUUUGAACCUCAAUCCGUUUUUCCUUUUAGAGGACGACCCAACUCCUGCCAGAAAUCACCAAGUGACUCGAGCUGCGUCACUGGUGAUCUCGGCAUUGGCAUUUGUUCGAGCUGUGCGUCGGGAGGAGUUGCCUCCUGAUACUGUGCGAGGAACGCCUCUUUGCAUGUAUCAGUACUCACGACUUUUUGGAACGGCACGUCUGCCUACCGAUAAUGGCUGUGUCAUUAGCCAGGACCCCUCGGCUAAACACAUGGUUGUCAUGUGUCGAGGCCAGUUUUACUGGUUUGACGUCUUAGAUGACAAUAGCGACUUGAUCAUGAGUGAGAAGGAUAUCUCACUUAACCUGCAGGUGAUCAUUGAAGAUGCGGCUGAAACCCCGCUUCAUGAGGCUGCCAAGGGUGCUUUAGGUGUACUCAGCACCGAGAAUCGGAAAGUCUGGUCGGGACUACGCGAUAUCAUGACCAAAGAUUCCAGAUCUAACAACGCGGAGUGUUUGAACAUAGUCGAUACCGCACUUUUCGUCUUAUGCUUGGACGACACAGAGCCAUCCACCACAUCUGAGCUUUGUGCUAACAUGCUUUGUGGCACAAGUGAAGUCAUCAAGGGUGUCCAGGUUGGAACCUGCACCAACCGGUGGUACGACAAGCUGCAAAUCAUCGUCUGCAAGAACGGCAGCGCAGGCAUCAACUUCGAGCAUACCGGUGUAGAUGGCCACACAGUGCUACGAUUCGCCAGCGACCUGUACACCGACACCAUCCUCCGCUUCGCAAAGACCAUCAAUGGCCAAUCCCCAAGCCUAUGGGCAACCAGCAGCCCCGAUCCAGCAAAGCGCGACCCGCACAGUUUUGGAAACGUCAGCACAACACCGCGCAAACUAGAAUGGGACAUGACACCCGAGCUUAACAUCGCCCUCCGCUUCGCCGAAUCUCACCUCUCCGACCUGCUCUACCAGCACGAAUUCCAAGUCCUGGACUUCGAGGGCUUCGGCAAGAACUUCAUAACCUCAAUGGGCUUCUCUCCAGACGCAUUUAUCCAGAUGGCCUUCCAGGCCGCCUACUACGGCCUCUACGGCCGACUCGAGAACACCUACGAGCCAGCCAUGACAAAGAUGUUCCUGCACGGACGCACAGAAGCCGUGCGCACCGUAACACCCGAAUGCAUGGACUUCGUCACAGCAUUCUGGGGUGAGAAUGCCGCCGAACAAAAAGUCGACGCCCUCCGCACCGCAUGCCAAAAACACACCGCCGCUACAAAGGAAUGCUCAAAGGGCCAUGGCCCAGACCGCCACCUCUACGCCCUCUACUGCCUCUGGCAACGCUCCUUCGACGAAGGCCUCUUCCCAGAUACCAGCUCAACAGGCGGGUACUCCAGCCCCGGCGAAACGCAAUCCCCAACCCAAAGCCAGGGUCCCGAAUCAUCGAAACUCUCCUACUCCUCCCCUUCGGAAGACGGUCUCUCCUCACCUGGAAGUAGCGCGCGCGCCUACCGUACAUCGGCACCAACGCCCGCGAUCUUCGCCGACGCAGGUUGGGACAAGAUCAACAACACCGUGCUGUCGACUUCGAACUGCGGAAACCCUUGUCUGCGACACUUCGGCUUCGGCCCCACAUCCGCCGAUGGCUUCGGUAUUGGAUACAUUAUCAAGGAUGACUCGAUUUCGAUCUGCGCAAGCUCCAAACACAGACAGACCUCGCGGCUUAUGCACACGCUUGAGUCGUAUCUGUUUGAGAUUCGGAAGUUGUUGCGCGCGACCAAUCGUAAGCCGAGUCCGCGCACGAGUCGCGCGAGGGAGACUGAGGCUCUUGCCGAGAGUGCGCAGGCAGAGUUGCAUCGCCGUGGAAGGAUUGUUAGAGGUGGGGGUGCGCAGGGUGCUGAUACACCUACUUCGGCGACUGAUAGUAGUUAUUUGGAGGAUGAUGGCAUGGGAGGAUAUGGCUUCUUUGAUGCUGGUAUGCUUCUCCAUGCGCUUAAGGGUCUCAAUGCUGAACGGGAACAACGCGGCGAGAAGCCUGCUCGGAGAAGACCGUGCCAAUCUGCAUGUGUAUUCCACCCUGAACAUCAUGACUCUGCACACACUGCCAAAACGGGCGCCACAGUUACGGGCUCCCCUGGCAAGGCACUUCACAACCACCCCCGCACCGCCAGUUAUGCGGACACUCUACCAAACCUCAAGAUUGGCGCCCAUACCAGAGGAUUUACGGGUAAUUAUUUCUCUUUCCAAACGGGUCUCGCAACGGAAUGCCAUGCAGUGCUGAUCCCAGCCACAGGAAGACAAGCAACCGCCAAUGUCAAGGAAUCCCUUGAAUGGGGCACUAAGAUCGUGGGAGGCGUCAAGCCUGGCAUUGAAGGCGAACAUCUAGGUCUACCAGUCUUUCCAUCUGUCAAAGCGGCCCAAGAACGCGCAAAACCCGACGCAUCUGCAAUCUAUGUUCCGGGAAACCAGACCGCCAAAGCCAUUGAAGAGGCCAUUGAAGCGGAAAUCCCGCUCGUCGUGGCUGUGGCGGAGCAUGUGCCGAUCCACGACAUCCUUCGAAUCCACUCCAUGCUCCAAACGCAAUCCAAGACCCGUCUAGUAGGUGCGAACUGUCCAGGUAUUAUAUCCGCCAUCGGCAAAUGCCGAAUCGGCUUCCAGCCAUUGCCCUGCUUCGCGCCGGGAAAUGUCGGCAUCGUGGCUAAAUCUGGGACACUGAGCUAUGAGACUGUCGCGUCGACGACUCGGGCUGGACUUGGUCAGAGUCUUUGUAUCAGUAUGGGCGGUGACGUUUUGGCUGGCACGAACUUUGUCGAUGCGCUCACGCUCUUUGAGAAUGAUCCUGAUACGAGGGGUAUUAUCCUGGUUGGUGAGAUUGGGGGUACGGCGGAGAUGGAUGCCGCUGAGUGGAUUACGGACUAUCGACGAAGGACUGUUGAUCCCAAACCCAUCAUGGCUCUUGUUGGUGGAUUGGAAGCACCCCUUGGGCGGAUCAUGGGACAUGCUGGUGCAUGGGCUGCUCCUGGGGAACCAGAUGCGGAAACUAAGUAUCAAGCGCUUGAACGUGCCGGGGCGGUUAUGGUUAAUCAUCCCGAGAAGUUCGGUGAAGGAAUGAAGACUUUGUUCGCGAACCAGUCUACCCGGCCGGGUAUAAGCUCAAUAUCCGGGGCUAGCUUACACAAACGUGGCUUUCAUACUAUGAGACGAGUUACGCCAAUCUCGAGACCGACACCUGAACACAAGCGUAAUCUUUACAUCAAGCAGUUCCAGGCAUUCGAUAUCCUCAAGCAGAAGUCUAUCCCAGUCAAUGAGUCGGCUUCUGGCUCUGAUAGUUCUGUUUCUGUUUCUAUUGCAGUCGACCGAACAGCGUUGUCGCCAUGCAUUACUGCCUCGCCGACUUCCGACUUUAGCCCAGCUCAGUCGCAGAAAUUUCCAUUCUCUUACACUCAGACCAAGCUCGAAAGCUCCACCAUCGCUGCUGUUGCUUCGCAUUUGGGUCUCCCAGCUUCUGCCCACAAGCAGCUUGCAGGGUUCUUACAAGCACUUUGGGAGAUUUACAAGGACAAGGAGGCCUUUACGCUGGAGACGCAGAUCUGCAUCUCUGCCGAUGGUGCUUUAGAGGUCCACGGUGCGCGCUUUGGCUUCGACGAUGCUGCAUUCCGCAGUUCAGGCCGACAGGAAGAUAUCCACAAACUUCGCAAUGUAUCCGAAGAAGUCCCUGAGGAGAUUGAAGCCGAAAAGGACGGAAUCGUCUACGUCAAGUUGGAAGGCGAGGGCAGUGUUGGCACACUUGUCAAUGGAGCCGGUCUUGCCAUGAACACGGUCGACGCCCUCGCUAUCCACGGUGGCCACUGCGCGAACUUCCUUGACACCGGUGGCAAGGCUACUUCGGAGACUGUCAAGGCGUCAUUUCGUGUGAUUUGCUCUGACACGCGCGUCAAAGCCGUCUUCGUCAAUAUUUUUGGUGGAUUGACUCGCUGCGACAUGAUUGCCGAGGGUAUUAUCUUGGCUUUCCGAGAUUUGAAGAUGAAGGUUCCAGUGGUUGUGCGACUGCGAGGAACAAAUGAGGAACUGGGGCAGAAGAUGAUUGCGGAGAGUGGCCUUCCUUUGCAUGCAUUUGAUGGGUUUGAGGAGGCUGCAAAGAAGGUCAUUGCGUUGGCUAAGGGUCAAUAG